UGCCUGUGUCACAGCAGCGACGAAAUUGGCGAGUUUCAUCGACAGAAACGUGAAGUGCGACCAGAGUGAGCCAGGAGGCGAACUAGUAAAGGCAAAAUCCUGCUUUCUUCCCAGCAACAGACUCAGCCGAAUCGAUUAACAGAAACAGGACAAGUUGAUUCAAAAGUACCGCAGGAUACCGUAUCUUGAAUUGCGAAACAGAUUUUCUUUGUAUCUUUUUGUUGCAACUUUUAGAUGCGUUUCCAGUACUGUAAAUUUGCAACAUGUUUUUUUCUUUGUCCUGGGCGACUUAAUCAGCCCUAGAUUUUGGUGACAGUGCUGAUACCGUGUGCACCGUUUUGGGAGGAGUUUCAGCAAAGGAAGUUAUUGUAAUUCAGGUUUGUCUGACCGGCAACAGGAGGCAACCGACUACCACGUUGUCUUGAAGAAUCAUUAGAGAAAGUUUGUCUUCCAAUCGGACCUUGUGUUUUUGAAACUUGGUCGAAUCACUUCCUUUCCAUUGGUUUUACUCGUGUGGCUGUUGAGGUGCGGAGAAGGGGGAGGGGGAGGCUAAAUCAGGCAAUCUCCGGAAAACAAAAAAAAAACUAGGGCCGGGAGUUAAGACAUUCCCUAUAUUCCUGGGGAGGUUUGAAAUAUAGUGUUUCCAGUCGUCCUAAUUGUGAGAUUCUACUUUAGUUUUCAGUUUUUAAUUGUAUUUGUUACAAAUUCAUUUUAUGUAGAACGCAACCAACAAUAAUCGUACGUUUACAAAUAAAAUCAAAAACUCAUAAAUUUUUCUUAUUAAAUUCCUCUCAAAUCUUCAAAGACGCUUUUGCAAUAUCCGAUCCAGAUUACACUACAGAGCAGAAGGAAACAUGGAUGCAAAGCUUGAAGAAGAGGUUCCUGUUUCAAGCAGCCAUUAUCCAAAGGAAGCUGUGAAGAAACGAUCAGGGAUUGCAAGCCGUGAGGCAAGAGGAAGCUCAUCAUCCCGAUCCUCCAGGAAAAGCUUCAGAUUGGAUUACCGUUUGGAAGAAGAUGUAACAAGAUCCAAAAGAGGGAAAGAUGGCAGAUUUGUCAAUCCCUGGCCAACCUGGAGCGAUCUUGCUUUCACAAAUGUGCUAAAGUUUGCUGUGAUGGAGAGGGACCAUACUAACAUCCCAAGUUCUAAGGCGGAACUUGAUGAAGGAUUGCCAAUAUUAGAACCGUACUUUGUAAAAAACCCAGAGCUGGUCGGGAGUUUGGGGAAUGGAAUUCGAGUGACCUGGUUAGGACAUGCAUCGCUGUUGGUAGAAAUGGAAGGACUGACUUUUCUGACAGAUCCCAUCUUCAGCCAAAGAGCUUCACCUGUGCAAUUCUUUGGACCAAAACGUUUUCGAAACCCACCAUGCACAGUGGCACAGUUGCCCAAAAUAGACGCUGUGGUAAUCAGUCAUACUCACUAUGAUCAUUUGGAUUACAAUACAGUGCUAAGUCUUAAUGAGCGCUUUGGGGGUGACUUGAGGUGGUUUGUACCACUGGGUCUCUUGGACUGGAUGCAGAAGUGUGGCUGUGAAAACAUAAUUGAGUUGGACUGGUGGGAAGAGAACUGUGUUCCUGGCCAUGAUGAGGUGACAUUUGUGUUUACACCAGUGCAACACUGGAGCAAACGUACUGUAAGAGAUGACAACAAGGUGCUGUGGGGAAGUUGGUGUGUUCUGGGGCCCUGGAAUAGAUUUUUUUUUGCUGGAGAUACAGGUUACUGUGUAGCCUUUGAACAAAUAGGGAAAAGAUAUGGACCAUUUGACCUUGCUGCUAUUCCUAUCGGAGCGUAUGAACCAAGAUGGUUUAUGAAAUAUAAUCAUGUGAACCCAGAGGAGGCUGUGAGGAUCCAUAUAGAUGUUCAGGCAAAAAAGUCUAUAGGAAUACACUGGGGAACAUUUGCUUUGGCCAAUGAGUACUACUUGGAACCUCGAAGGAAACUUGAGGAAGCUCGAGAAAGAUAUGGAUUGAAACCAGAGGAUUUCUUUGUUUUGAAGCACGGAGAAUCAAAGAAUCUGGGUGAAAAUGAAGCUUUUCAAUGAAAACAGAUAUUGAUUAUAAACUAGGUGUGGCUGCUUCACAAAGACAAGUAGAACUAGGCUUGCAUUUCUAAUAACCAUACUUUUAAUUUUGGGCUGAAAAUUAACUGAAAUGCCAUUAGUUUAUAAAUUGUCACCCUAGUUUAACCUUAUUGCACAUAUUCAAAAACCAGCAUUACAAAUGCUAGCUUUGUCAAGUAAAGUUUUUUCUUUUCCGUUUUUUUAUUGGUUGAAGUCUAUAUAGUGUUUGUUUUAUCAAAGUACCGAAAUACACUUUUAUUGCUAAAUGCUUUGGCUAAAUAUUUGGGUUUUGCAGCUAUUGGCUGCCUAAAGUGAACCUGUGAUUGUCUUCCAUCGUAGAUGUAUUCGACCUGCCACCUGCACGUUUGCCAGAAAUGUUAAGUUUGCACAAUUUAAAUUAAUGCAUGUUUUAAGCAUGUGAAAUGCACAAAGCUUUACUGUAAUUAAAUACACUAUAUAGUUCCAGUUAGUUCAAUGUAGCUUCAGUUAUAACCUUGAACUUGAAACGUGAAGUUGGCCUUAAGACAAGUGCCUCUUUUAAUAAGCAGGAAUUAUACUGUCACUAUAAAUGAGGUUAGGUAACUGUACAAAGAUGUGGGUUAUCAUUAUUUUCCAAAUAAAUCAUUUGUGGCUGUGAGCCAAAUUAUUGGUAAUCAUUGCAAAAGUAAGAGUAUGCUACAUAAUUUGAAGAUGCAAGACUGAGGGAAAGGAUAAUGGUUGGCUGCACAGUUAAUUCAAAGAUGCUUUGCUGGAACUCUGGCUCUGUCUGAUAUGUUAAUUAACCUCUACAUUGUAUUUCUGGCUGUUUUAUAAAUUCCAAUGUGUCUCCUCUACAGAGAUAUUUUAAAUGUUUUUAAUCAAUUUUCUUGGGGGAAUGGUGGAAGUGUUGUACUUUUAACCGUGGGAUAUAAUCUGUUGUGCUUAUUUUCCAAUAUAAAAAAUUUAAAGUUUGAAUGGCUGAUGGUUAUGUGUUUUGUAGUUACAAUUGUAAUACUCAUUUUCAAUUAACAUUUAACUGUGUGAGUACAUAGUUUAUGCAUUAUUAGAAUGGAUUAGAAGCUGAGGUGAAAUCAUGAAGAUGUGAUGAAAUGUAAAAAUGGAGAAGAAACUCCAGUUAACUUCUCAAUGACACUGUUCACAGAUAAAAAUUAAAGUGUCUAUUUUCCUGUUA